CAAGCAGUUUGGAGUGUGGUGCCUAUAUAAGGCCCAGUAGAAGAACCAAAGAAAGUUAGUUGAAAUUAUUCUACUUGGAGGGACGAAGAGUGUAUCUCGAAAUGCGAGGAUUGACAAGCUAUCUGCAUGCCCUGCUGCUGGCUCUCGUACUGCAGCUGAGCAGCCAGACCCAGCUCCUGAACUCUGGCGACGAUGUCUGCCGACUGUUUGCGGAUGGCACUAAGCUCCGCAAGCCGGGCGGCUGUAAUGAGUGGAUUGAGUGUCAGAACCAUAUCAGCAUGACUGGUGGAACUUGUAGCGGGUCCAAACCAUACUUCAAACUUAAGAGUAGCGACUGCGCGAGUUCCGUGGACACCAAAUACUGCAACAGUCCGUGCACUAAGAAAACAAACGGUUACUUGGGCAGCACCCUCAACUGUGCCAAUUGGUAUUACUGCGAGGGGGCUACCUUGAAAGGCAGCGGGGUCUGCACCGGCCAGUACUUCGACCAGGCGCUGCAGCAGUGCGUUUAUGCGGAGAAUACUUCGUGCGCCGCCAAAUUUGAGUGGUGCGACAUCGUGCCCCCAAACGUGCCAUUCCUCGACGAGGAACACUGCAACAUGUUCCACACAUGCAGCAGUACUUUUUCAUUAGUCAACAACACCUGCGAUGAGGGAAAGUAUUACGAUGUGCAAAAGAAGGUAUGUGUGGACAAGAGAGAGGUCGAUUGUGGCGAGCAUCCCCUGCCAGUGGACGUGUGUGGAACCAACAAGCUGGCUGUGCGCAACAAAUUUGUUUCGGAUGGUGCCACCUGCCGAGGAUACUUCUACUGCCGGGAUCUCGGCUCUGGAAAUCCUGAUCCCAACCCCGAGCGGCUGCAGUGCGGAGUGGAUUAUUUCUUCAACCAGGAGCGACAGGCUUGUAUGCCACGCGAAGACCAGAAGUGUGACUGGGAUCGCUGUGACGGGCGCGACAGUGGCUUCGAGUUGGCCCAGGUGGAGGGUUGCCAUAACUACCUAUCGUGCACAAAUGGCAAAGAAAUGAAUGUAUUGGUGUGUGAAGAUGGCGGGUACUUCGAUGUGGCAGCCCAGAAGUGUACUCCAACCAUUAAAAGCUACAGUGUAUGCACCAGUUAGAUAUUGUCAUUUCCAAUAAACCUAUGCUGGAGUACUAAUUCUCUUCUUCCCGCCAACUACGUGUGGACCAAUGGGAAUGCUAAUUAGAAUUUAAUAUUCUAUUUUUCCAUCUAAAUAAGAUAAAUAAAGUAACAAUGUUUUUGGGGAGAGAA